UCGAGAUCCAGUUUAGUUGCGAGUCGCGAGCCAAGACGAAAAGAGGAGGUGCCGUGUUUGCGUCCCAGUCGCGGGUUCUACUACGGUGGAGGGUGUACGGGAUCUUGGACGAAACAGACACGUGAAGAGAACUUGACUUGAUUGAAUUACUUAGUGUAUAUCAUAUAUUUGUUAUCUUUCGUGCCGUUAGCUCAACUGUUUGUAUUAUUUGUUAAAUAGAAAAGUGAGUAAUUGUAUUAACAAUAUAUUACGAUCUGUAACCAAAGCAAAUUAAUCAUAGGCAACAGCAGCAAGAAAUAAAUAGUUAUUUGCAACCACUCAAUUGAUAGCAAGUGGUACGCUGCGGGUCAAACUAUGUGAGAGCGGGGCACUGUGAAAGCUCCGAUUGAAUUCCACAUGGGACAAUCAUGAGUGAUUACGAGCCAGGGGAGUGAGUGGACGACGAGACCGACGGACAACACAGCGAAUGAUGUGCGACAGGAAGUGACGAAUUGAGACAAUGACGCCAGACACCGCGGGCUGUUGAGGAGUUACGAGGGGACAGAGGGGGGAGGGGAGGGGAGGGGAAGGGCAUCGCGCGCCUGCUGGUGAAAAGGGUAUUUCACCGAGUAGCACUGCCCCGCCGCGGGACUGGCACCAGCACGAGAGGCAUCCGCGACUCAUUAUCUUCCCACUCACGUGACCGCCAAGAUGAUGCUGAGCAAAGAUCUUCAGGAGAUCUUGGAAGGUGUCCACUACUUCCUGAGCGAGUCGCUGACGGGGGAGCCCUUGAGCGGGAAGUUAGAAUGUCUCCGAAGGGGCUUGGUGAUGCAGCUGGAGGCCCUGGCGCUCUCCUACCCGACCCUCAGGAUCCGUGCCCGGUCCUCCGCGUCGCUGCCCUACCUUGCCAUGGACGGUCAGAACCGCAGCGAGAGCAUGAGCAGCGGUAGCAGCGGUACAAACAGUUACAGCAACAGCUACAGUAACAGCUCCAGCGGGGACGGGAUGGUGCUGGGGCGGGGGGGAGGGGACACCCUCGACCCCCGCCACCCAAAUCAGCAGCAGCUGAUCCAGGAUGAGGAGUAUGAGGACUUCCAAGAGAAUAACAAGGACGACAUCGCCUCCGUGAACGACACAACUUCGCUGCAGGACCAAUCCAGGGACGACGCAGACGACAGGGAGGAUGUGGACGACGUGUACAUGGAAACCGUGGAGGCCGUGUCCUUUAGCAAUGUCAUAGCUACGUGUGACAAACAUGGCGUCCUCAGCAAGAAGACGAAGGGCCUCCUCAGGAACCUCAAGACCUACCACUGCGUCGCCUCUUCCGGCAUGCUUUACCUCUUCCUCAAGGAGACCGAUGAGAGACAGCGGAAGACCAUUGACCUCAGCGGCUACACGGCGCGGAUGGCCACGGGUGAAGACAUCCGAGACCAGCGGAAGAAAGACUCAGCUUUCGAGAUCGUUGGUCCGGGGAAGAAGACCCACACGUUCAUCGCCCGGACCCCCCGAGACAAAGUGGAGUGGCUGACCGCCCUCGACCGAACCAUCAAAUCGGGACGCAAGAGCCAGUCGACCUUUGCCUUGGACACCUUGAUCUCGUCGGAGGAAACGCACCGCUUGUCGCAGCCGCAGAUACUAGCGAACAGCCCUCUCAUUCUGCCGCCGAAGCCCGGACAGCAGCUGCAGCAGGAGGGGAAGAAGGACGACGCCAAACCAGCCGAGGACGACUACUACUACCAUGAUGUCUCUGCGGAUGUCAAGGAGAACGGUCUUGGCAGCGGGGCAGAGCCAGACCCUUCCGGCGCGCACCUCCGCCGUCUUGGGUGA